CAAAAACACUGGACCCGACCGCUCAACCGAUCACAAAGAACUCCAUACAUGGCCACCGGAGCCGGCGACGACGGGCACGGCGCUGGUGCCCGGGCAACGGCGAUCCCGUCCGUGAUCCUGAACACUGGCCACGCCAUGCCGGUGCUGGGGUUCGGCACGGGCUCGCCAAGCAAGCCGGCGGACCUGGCGGACACCAUCGUGCACGCCAUCCGCCUCGGCUACCGCCACCUGGACACGGCCUCCAUGUACCGCACGGAGCCGACGGUGGGCGCCGCCGUAGCCGAGUCCGUCCGCGCCGACCUCUUCGUCACCUCCAAGCUCUGGAUCUCCGAUGCGCGCCCGGGCCGCGUCGUCCCGGCGCUCCGCGAGUCCCUCGCCCGCCUCGGCCUAGCCUACCUUGACCUCUUCCUCGUCCACUGGCCCGUGGCCGCCACCGCCGGCGGCCUCCCCGUGGACAAGGGCACGCUGGUGGAGUUCGACAUGGAGGGCGUGUGGCGCGGCAUGGAGGAGUGCCAUCGGCUGGGCCUGGCGAGGUCCGUCGGGGUGAGCAACUUCUCGGCGGCCAAGAUGGAGAGGCUGCUGGCUCUCGCCGCCGUGCCGCCGGCGGUCAACCAGGUUGAGAUGAACGUCGGGUGGAGGCAGGAGAAGGUGCGGGAGGUGUGCGCCCGGCACGGCGUCGUCGUCGCCGCCUACUCGCCGCUCGGCGCGUACGGCGCCUUCUGGGGCUCCGACGCCGUCAUGGAGAGCGGCGUCUUGCACGACGUCGCCGCCGCGAGAGGCAAGACCGUCGCGCAGGUGGCGUUGAGGUGGCUAUAUGAGCAGGGCGUGUGCUUCGUGGCGAGGAGCUACAACAAUGAGAGAUUGAAGCAGAAUAUGGAGAUCUUCGAGUGGGAGUUGAGCGAGGAGGAGAAGGGGAUGAUCGCCACAAUACCACAGAGGAGAGUGUCUUUGGGGGAGCGGUUCAUGUCGCCCGAUGGGCCUUACAGAUCACUCGAGGAGCUCUGGGACGACGAUAUAUGAAUAUAUGUAUCUAUUUGUCAAUUGCCGCAUGCCUGGCUAUUUGCAGAUAUACACUUGUAUAGUCCGUAGGUGCAUAUUUGGUAUACUAUGGUAUGAUUGAGAUCUUUUGUUGAUCCUAACUUGUAAUCCAAUCAUCAUAUGAGUAAGUAAAUAGAGAGCAACACCUCUAUAAGCAAGUAAA